CUACUGGUCUGCAACGGAGAGAACAGACUCCUUGCUAUUCCCUUCACAGUCUUGACCACUCUCCCUCUCGUCCUGCGUUCGCUCUGUAACAAGAGAUGGCCAAUUGUACCAAAAUAGCAGGAGAUAUGGUGAAAACUGAAGCCAAGAAAUCGACUGCCCUCGCCUCUUCCUUCGACGACCACAUCCGCCCCAUCCUCGACGCCGUUGACCGCCUUCGCCAGCUCAAGGUGAUGCAGGAGGGCAUCGAGCUCCCGACCAUCGUCGUCGUCGGCGACCAAUCCAGCGGCAAAUCCAGCGUCCUCGAGUCUCUCGCCGGCAUCAGCCUCCCUCGUGGCCAGGGAAUCUGCACCCGGGUCCCUCUCAUCAUGCGCCUCCAAGACGAUCCUUCCCUUUCCCAGCCUCAGCUGCAGCUCGAGUACAAAGACAAGGCCAUCCACACCUCGGAAGACGGCAUCGCCGACGCCAUCAAUUCAGCCACCGACGAUAUUGCCGGCAGCGGCAAAGGCAUAUCCAACGCACCGCUCACUCUUGUCGUCAGGAAGAGAGGCGUUCCCGACCUCACUAUGGUGGACUUGCCCGGAAUCACCCGUGUCCCCGUCCAUGGGCAGCCCGACAACAUCUACGAGCAGAUAUCGAACAUAAUCAUGGAGUACAUCGCCCCCAAAGCAAGUAUCAUUCUGAAUGUUUUGUCGGCCACCGUGGACUUCCCGACCUGCGAAUCGAUCCGGAUGUCGCAGAGCGUCGACCGGACCGGCGAGCGGACCCUGGCCGUCGUCACCAAAGCCGACAAGGCCCCCGAGGGAUUGCUCGAGAAAGUGACCGCCGAUGAUGUCAACAUAGGCCUCGGGUACGUGUGCGUCCGCAACCGCAUCGGUGACGAGUCCUACGAGGAGGCCCGAGCCGAGGAGAGGAACCUGUUCAAGAGGCACCCUCUUCUUUCGAGGAUCGACAAGUCCAUCGUGGGGAUCCCUGUUCUGGCUCAGAGGCUGAUGCAGAUCCAGGCAGCCAGCAUUGCAAAAAGCCUGCCCGACAUAGUGAAGAAGAUCAACGACAAGCUCAGCCAGCACAUCUCGGAGCUCGAUGAAAUGCCCGAAAAUCUCCGCAGCAUAGGGGACGCCACGAGGGUUUUGCUCCACAUGUUAAGCACGUCGAAGGAGUCCCUGAGAAGACUGCUCAUCAGAGGGGAGUUUGAUGACUUCCCCGAUGAUGCCAGCAUGCAUGCCACUGCUCGGAUGGCCGAGAUGCUCGCCAAAUUCUUUAAGGAGCUGCCCUCCGAUUGCCCGAGCGCCGACGAAAGAUUUCUGAUGGAAGAGAUUGCUGUUCUGGAGGAGGCUAAGGGGAUUAAUGGACUCCCCAAUUUCCUACCUCGGCACGCUUUCCUCAACCUCCUCAGGAGGAAGGUGAGGGAUAUAUCUCACGCUCCCGGUGAGUUUGUUCGGAAGGUUUGGGCCUACAUUGAGGAGGUUGUGAUCAGGGUGCUGCUGCACCACUCCGAGAACUAUCCCCAGAUUCAACCUAUGGUUCGAAGGGCAGCACAGAAUCUGGUAGGGAUUAUGAGAAACCAGUCUUGCCAUUUUAUGAGUGAGGCCAUCGAGAUGGAAAUGGUAGCCGACUACACUUCCUCUCCAGACUACAUGAAAAAAUGGACGGAGCUGAUGGACGGUCGCGAUGGCUUCAUAGCAGCCAUCGAGAAUUACUAUGGGCCAAACAGCAUUGAAUUGAAAGGUCUUGGAGUCGUAGAAGUUGGGCAUCUGAGACAGUACGCGGCCAUGGCGGAGCAGGCGUUCGACAUGAGAAUGAGAAUCCUAGCGUAUUGGAAGAUCGUGGUGCUUCGGCUUGUGGAUUCCCUGGCCCUGCACAUCAUAUACAGCGUAAAUUGCUUGGUGGAGAGACAUAUGGAGAAGGAAAUUGUGGACGAUCUGGUGGGGCCACGAAUGACCGGCUUGGAGAGGAUGCUUGAAGAAUCUCCAGCAACUGCAGCGAAGCGUGAACGACUCCGGAAGAGUAUUGAGCUGAUGAAGGAAUCCAAGGAGGUCGUGGCAGAGAUCAUGGAUCGUGUAGUGACCACCGUUAACUGACGUUCCUUUUCCUCUUUUUUUUUGCUUCUGAUGGUCGGUACUUGGUGGGGGCGUUUGAUAUUUGGAGUCACCUUUUCGUGUCUUUCCCUUGCUCUGGUCUUUAAUACUUGCUAUGUAUCUGUCAGUGAUGGUUUGAUGAGUAAAAUAUAAAAUUUAGCUUACUAUCGGCGUUUGAUCA